AUGGCUCCUCCUCCGUCGCCAGCGCCCUCGCCCCCCGCCGGCGGCGAUUCCGUGCGCCCCCUCCACGCCCCUGGCGCCGUCGCGAUUGGCCGCACGGUGAGUCAUCGAGAGUGUGUGCUGCGGGCGAUCGAUCUGAGCGGGAAUCCCUUGGGUGACGAGGGCGCCGCUGCCUUGGCACGUGGCCUCCCAGCCACCUCCAUCGCCAAGCUGUCGCUCGGCUGCGCCUCCGUCGGCGACCGCGGCGCCGCAGCGCUCGCGUCAGCACUCUACUCCACAGGUUCGCUGCGUGCGUUGCAUCUGCCCCACAAUCCGAUCGGCGACCCUGGCGCCAAUGCCCUGGCCGCCGCCCUCGCGGUGUACGCAAGCUUACGCACGCUAGACCUCAACGCGGUGGCGGACGAGGGCGCCGUUGCGCUGGUGAGAGCGCUGCAGGACAAUUGCUCAUUGCGGACGCUCGUCUGA